CGACAAAAGUCACAAAACUCAGAGGCUCGUUUUGUGCUUUCCAAUAAAAUAUCAAAAACCAAUAGAAUGGCUUUACGGGUACUUUAAACCUUCGUAAUAAUUUACUACUAGUAUAUGUAUGUAUAUAUCCAAGUGGAAGUCAUGUGUACAAAAAAAAAAUAAUUCAUCAAAUAAUUCCUUGCAACAAAUCAAUGAAUUAAAAAUGAAAAGUUGUCCCACUUUUCUUUUCGCCAAUAUAUACAGAGACGGUAAAGCCGAAGCUAUUCUAAACGUGAACAUGGCUGGUUCAGUUAGUAAAGAGUGCAUGACAAGUCUUCUAAUGUUCUACUUCAUCACAUGGUCUCUCUGCGCAGCUUCACAUGAUCUGCUUAGCUGCGACCCAGAAGAAUCAUCCUCCUCUAGCUACGUUUGCCACUCAGACCUCCAAAAGUGCCGCACAUUUGCCAUUCUAAGAGCCAAUCCUGCCUUAAGGGGGCAUCAGUUACAGUUUAUCCCGAUUGACUGCAGAUGUAAUGGAAGGUUCUACGAGGCUCAUCUCUUCAAAACAUGCGUCAAAGGCGACACCUUUCGCUCUGUCGCUGCAUCCCUACAAGGCCUGACCACGUGCCUGUCUAUAAGAGACAAGAAUCCUCAAGUUUCGGAGGACAGCCUGGACGAGAACGUUAAGUUGCGGUUGGCGGUCAAAUGUUCUUGUCCAGAAGAAGGCGUUUCAACCGCAGCCAGGUUUCUCGUUACAUAUCCGGUGAGUGAAGGCGAAAGCGUUUCAAGCUUGGCAGACAAGUUCAAGACAACAGAGGAUGCUAUUGUCUCUGCAAACAACAAUUCUGGAGUCGUUCCACGCACCCCGGCUCUCAUACCUCUUGAUCAUAAACCACAUAACGCCACGGCGCUCCUCCAGAAGAAGAAAAAACGGUCGUCAAAGAAGCUGAUGAUCGCUGUGAGCAGCGCGAUUGCGGGAGUUAUAGGUCUUAUCACUCUCAUGGUGUUGGGUUACUUGCAGUGGAAGAAAGAGACGCGUCUGCAAAGCUGGAUAAGCAAUAAAGAUCCAGAGACGCGGCAGCUGAGCCUGAGCAUCCGAACCACCAGUGACAAGAAAAUCUCCUUCGAAGGUUCACAGGACGGUUCCAUUUUGGAAUCCCACAACACACUUGUUGUUGGCAAUGGCACCACUACUCCCCGAAAGCCCGUUCUAGAGAUUUACACGUUCGAGGAGCUGGAGAAAGCCACUGAGAAUUUCAGCUCAAGCAAUCACAUCAAAGGUUCCGUUUAUUUCGCUUCUCUCAAAGGCAAAGACUUGGCUAUCAAGCAAGUGAGCGCUGGUGUCAUGAAAAGAUUCGAUUUUGGGCUUCUCAACGAUCAGUCACACUACUACACUCACAAUCUGAUGAGGGUUCUUGGGACAUGUUUCAGAGAAUCCGACGAUGGUGGUUGUUAUCUGGUAUUCGAGUAUGCAAAGAAUGGGUCCCUGUGGGAUUGGAUCCAGAACAAAUUGGCCAUCAAGAAUCAAUUCAUAGAGUCUUGUUACUGUUUCCUGGCAUGGAAACAGAGGAUCAAGAUCUGUCACGAUGUCGCCAUAGCCUUAAAGUUUAUGCAUCGGAUUAACUAUGUUCACGGCAACAUCAUGAGCAGGAACAUCUUCUUGAACGAAGAUCUUCGAGGUAAAGUCGGAAACUUUGGCAUGUCGUCAAAGGAUGACAACAUUGCUUCUUCAGCUACUGACGUUUUCGCUUACGGGAUCAUCGUAAUGGAGGUUAUGUCUGGACAAACCCCAGAGAUGUUGCUUGGAACGCAAGAAAAAGAACCCGAGUGGAAGAGACUGAGAGGGGUAAUCACAGGGGAGAUGGAAAUGCUGAGGGAAGUGAUGGAUAGCACGUUGGGGGAGAGCUAUUCAGUUGAGUCCGCCUAUGAAAUGGCAAGACUUGCAACAGACUGUACUGCCGAAGAAGCAGAGUUAAGGCCGAGCGCGGCUGAGAUUGUAGAGAGGGUUUCGAGAUUGGUGGAUGAAGACGACGACGACGAAGACGCAGUAAUAAUAGAGAGAGAUAAUAAUAAUAAUAAUACCUUGAUUUCAGAGAGUUCUUACAAGCCUUUGGUAAGGAACGGUGGCAGUAGUAGUAUUAUAGAUGAAUUCUAGUUGUUAUUAUUGCAUCAUCAUCAUCACCCUAAACUCAUCAAAACUAAUAAUUCCAUCCCUAUUUAUAUCAAAUUGCGAAAUCAUAACCUCGCAUUCUUCAAGGCUUUUAGGCGACUCACCCAACAAACUUAGCAUCCUCUUCAAACUUUUAGGUGUAAUGCCUUGUAGACUCUCUUCAAACAUCAUGUUGAAAGCUUGCUUCAAGUCCUUCUCCUUGUCUUCCUCAUCUCCUUGUUCCACCAGCUUCACGAAUUCUUCGAGUUCCAAGGAUUUAUCAUCGGUCGUGGUCGUCUCUUCUGGUAGGGCCUUUUCCCCGGACUUAAUAGCAUCCACGCAUCUUUCGAUGGUGGAAACAGAUACCUUCCCUUGUUGGGUCUUGUCAAAGCAACUAAACACUCUUUGAUGAUACUCUUCACGUUUGUUAACGUUCUUGCUCUUCAUAGAUAGCAUACAUACGAGUUUCUAUCCUUUUUUUCUUUCUUGGAACUUUUUGGCAAUAGAAAUGUGGAAUACUUUAUAUAUAUAUAGAGAGAGAAAUGGAGGACUUGUUGCUAUUAUGAGUUCAAUAAGCAAGAAGAAUAGACGCUUCAGUAAGUUUCCGCGGCUUUUAAUUUCUGCGUUGACAAGUCUGUUUCCCAUUUUUUUUUUUUUGUUGUUAAUAAAGAAAAUUUGCUUUAGGUGAUUUCGUAACUAAAAGACGAUGAACAUUCCGAGAUGACUUUUGACUAUUCUUCUUCUACCAAAGAAACUUGGUCAUGUGAUAGAUGGUUUUUUUCUUUUUAAUUUUUGUGGCUAGUGCGGGGUUUCUUGUAUGGUUUGACAAUUUCGAUCGUUGAAUAUAACUUGGGGCAUAACAUAAGAGUAUGAAGCAGGCGAAUUUGGCGACUUCCCCAUAAGUUGACUCUCUGAGAUUUCGUUUGAUUUUUAUGGGCCUGGUUCGGCCCUUAUUGGGCCAUUUGAAUCUAUGAUCCCCACCAAAUUUGAACAUUUAAAAACCCAAAUCUUUGUAGUGAAUUUACGGUAAACAAUAAAGGCCCAAUGUUUUUUGUGUUCCUUGGUCAAUCUGCUCUAGAAAUAGAAAAGGCCCGUGGUUUAGGCUAUCUUAAGACCCAAAACAGAAAGAAAACUUUACUUUACGUUAGAAGCCCAUAAUUGCAAACGGGCUUGUAUAUUCGACGGUCGAGAUGAUCGCAAACCUAGGAUGGAGUUUGGACUUGGACACUUUGAGGCUUGAGGCUAGGGAGGGAGGGAGAGAGAGAAGCUCUGGGCGGGUUUUGUUCUCUCUCUACCUGUUUUGUUCUUUGUUUACUGUCUCUCUCUCUCUCUCUCUCUCUCUCUCUAUAGGGUUUAAGUUGAUGUUAUUGUACAUUCAUCAUACUCUAGGGGUUUCGUUUCGUUUCGUUUCGUUUGGGAUUGACGAGGCUUCGCCUCGAGUUGGUUAGUGUUUGUUUGCAUAAUGGAGUGUUUAAUUUAAUUUAGGGUUACUUGCAACUCUCACAAGGAUAAUGAGGGAUUGAAUGGUUAGGGUUUAGUUUUGUCUCUCAUCUUCUUUAGGCGAUAUGAGAGUGAAGAAAGGUGGAGGAGAUUAUCACAAAUUUCCUGAGAGAUCGAAUGCAAGGGGAAUCUGGAGAUGAUGAGUUAGAGAUUGACGACAUUAAUGAUCUCAGCCAUCAUGCCUUGUUCCAGUUGCGUGCCAGAAGAAAUAUUCAAAUGGUGAGGAGUUAGAGAGGGCCAGGGCCAGGGAGUUCAUUGAUGCAACACAAUGAUGUUUAGCAUUCUUUUUUGUUUCUCCUGCUCUAUUAUUAAAUUCUCAUUUUCUUCCACUUUACUUGCAGGGAGAUGUUGACAUUUAGCAACCUCUCUCCUGUCAGGAUAAGGCAGUGGGGGGGGAGGGAACUCCAGUCGCGUGAAGAGUGUGCCUGAUUAUCCUAAUACAACAAGAAUAUAUCGAGUUCACUCAAGCUGAUGAUACAUGGGCCUGCCUCAAAGCGUGGAAUUGCAGUUGCCUUUACAUGGAGAGACAAGCACUUCCCCAAGGAGAAAACCAGCAGCUCCAGUCAGAGCUGGUUGGGUGUUUUGGGGUUUGGAGGCAGCAAUCUUCUAGAACAGCUGGGGUUAUAUAUGAAACACGAGGAUGAGGAUGAAGAAGUAAUUGAGCCAAUGGUUGCUUUGCCAGAUCAUCUUGGCAUAAAUGAAGAAGUGGAGGAGGGUGAAAUCGAUUGAUUUGAGAGUUCGUUGGGUUGUUGUGUCUUUAAGUGUGUUGUAUGAUAUAGUUUGGUAGGUAACAAAUUUUGAGUCUAAAUUUUGGUUUAACUGAA